CCGAACAAAACGUCGUCCCCUCCAUCCCCUCUCUCUCUCUCUCCCUCCUCGGCUCCGACAUGGCUCAGAGCCUCGGGGAAUUGUUUCUGGUGGUGGUCUUCAAGGCGGUCACGGGUUUCUUGUGUCUGGUGUUUCGGCUUUUCGCUCCUCAGAGAUCCAAUCUGGUCGGGAAGAAGGUUCCGCCCGUCAGCGACCCGCUGCUGCUGCUGUCGGCGAAGCAGCUGGCCUCAAAGAUCCGAAGAAAAGAGGUUACUAGUGUGGAGGCGGUUCAGGCUUACAUCGACAGGAUCCAGGAAGUCAACCCUCUUCUGAACGCUGUCAUCAAAGACAGGUUCGAUGCGGCCCUCCAGGAGGCAGCCAUGGUGGACAAGCUGAUCGAGGAGGAAACUGGAGGAGAGGAGGUUCUGGAGGACCGACUGCCUCUCCUGGGAGUCCCUCUCUCCGUCAAAGAGUCGUACGCCCUCCAGGGUAUGCCUUACACCGGAGGUUUGGCCUCCAGGAAAGAUGUGGUGGCCACCGUCGACGCUCCGCCUGUAGCCUGGCUGAAGAGAGCAGGUGCCAUCCCGAUGGGCGUCACCAACACCGCUGAGAUGUGCAUGUGGAGCGAGUCCCACAACCGCCUGCACGGCAUCACCAACAACCCGUACGACCUGUCGAGGACAGCAGGAGGGAGCUCGGGUGGGGAGGGCAGUCUUCUGGGCGGGGCGGGCGCUGUCAUCGGCGUUGGCUCCGACAUCGGCGGCAGCAUCCGCAUCCCGUCUUUCUUCAACGGGAUAUUUGGCCAUAAACCUACUCCUGGCGUCGUGACCUCUGAGCACCAGAAUCCUCCGACCUCUGGCAGACAGGAGGAGUACAUCAGUAUUGGGCCCAUGUGUCGUUACGCCGAGGACCUGCUGCCGAUGCUCAAGAUCAUGGCGGGGCCCAACGCUCACAUGUUGCACUUGGACACAGAGGUUAACCUGAAGAAGUUGCGGUUCUUCACCAUCCCUCACGACGGCGGCUCUUUUUUGGUGAACCCGGUCAGCAAAGAGCUCAUUGACAUUCAGAAGAAGGUGGUGGAGCGUCUGGAGGAGGACCUCGGGGUGAUGGAAGAGGUGCAUUUCCCGGAGCUCCGCCACAGUAUCCAGAUGUGGAUCGCUUACAUGGGUCUCCCUGACGACAAUGGAAAGGCUCCGCAGUCAUUCGCUGCGCUUAUAGGGGAACCAGGUCGACCGGUGAAGCCGUUGUGGGAGCUGCUGAAAUGGAUGUGUGGGAGAUCGAGUCAUACCUUUGCCGCUAUCGGUCUCACCCUGCUGGAGAUUCACAGCUCCAAGGCGUCUCCGUUCAUCAUCGAGCAGAAGGAGAAGCUGCAGAAGGCGAUGGAGGAGCUGCUGGGGAGUGACGGUGUUUUUCUUUACCCCACCCAUCCCAGAGUGGCUCCAAUAACACACCACCCACUCUUCAGACCCUUUGACUUUGCCUACACAGGUGUUAUAAACAUCCUCGGGCUGCCGGCCACCCAGUGCCCUCUGGGUCUGAAUGAGGAAGGUCUCCCCCUCGGCGUACAGGUCGUUGCCGGGAAGCUGCAGGAUCACCUGACCCUGGAGGUGGCACUCUACCUGGAGAAGGCGUUCGGAGGCUGGAGGAAGCCCGAGGCCAUCUGAAACCACACACACACGCACACACUCUGAAAGCCAUGACCAAAUCUCCAGACCUGAGCUGGAUGGAAACAAGAAUGUCAAGAGGACAGUUUAUCUGACACGCUGCCUGAUGUAGUACACAAAUAGGUACAACCCGAUCGUGAAAGUGAAAAGUGAUUACCAUUUCACUUGAGUAAUGAGAUUUAAGAACUUUAACUGGGUUCAGUGACUGUGGCGUCAUGAGCACAAGCUUCAAAAAUAGAGUUUUGUUUUAGUGGUGUAAUGUUAAAAUGAGCAUUCCCAUUAUCAAACAAAACAAGUCUUAUGUGAAUUACAGAAGUUGUUUUUGGACUAAAUCUGUACACUUAACGUUAAACUAACAGUGAAUCUGCGUUUGAACUCUGACAAGUGAAAGCUUUUAAAUCUCACACCGUUGGAGGGGCUCAGAUGGGAGUUUGCUGAUGUACUCAGACUCAAUCUAUAUUGAAGCAUCAUAAAGGUGCCAGAGUGAUGAUCAAGUGUGUUCAGAAUAAAGAAACAAACGUGUCCAUGUUUUUCUCUAAAUGUGUUGGGAGUAGGGCUAAACAAUGUUAAACAAUGACAUUUUUUAAAAUCUCGAUUAAUCUCAAAAUUGUGAUAGUUAAUUGCAUUUUUAACAUGUUUGAAACUCCAUUAUUUUGCAGUUACACAUAAAAAUUGUUCGGCUUUUAUUUUGAAAUAUUGUGCCGUCUUACCCUAGGAGCACUUUACUUGCUGUUUAUUUUGCUUUCAUUUUGAAAUAAAUGAAGGACCUUCAAGAUUAAAGGUAAUGACAUUAUCUUAACCACGGAAAAAGACACUUGUUAGGGAUCAAAAACAAAUCAAAAGUUAUGUAAAAGUGAAAUGUUUGACAUCUUAAUGUGGAUAUCACUUUGGACUCAUUAGCUGAGCUGUCAGUUGUUUUUUUUUUAUGCCUUUGAGACAUUCAAAGAUGCAGCAGUGUCUUUCUUUUCCAUCACUGUGACUACAGGGAGGAUAAUCAUAAUUAACUAGUUCAUGCCGAGAGUUCUAUUUGGGAGGAAAGCUGAAAACAAAGUUCCCUAUUAAUACUGAUCAGUGGACAUUUGGUUUAUUGCACUUGUAAAAAAUGUGCAAAAUUCUCCCCGUGUUGAAAUGUGAAUGUUGCAUAAUGAGAAUUAAUCCCACGUGGUUCCUGUUUUCUGCUGCAAACAUUCGUUACAUUCGUGAUUAAAAGAAGAAAACAAAUCUGAA